AUGGUCCAAUUCACAGCCCUCAAGAGGCUCACCUCAGCGGGCGCCGGCGCCACCCUCCCCACAACAUCCAAUGGCCCUGGCGCCCGCUCGGUCUCUCGCCGUCGACGUGUCGCAAAUUCAUUCAUCAACCUUAGGCUCACUAUCUUAUGUGGGGUUGUAACAAUCUUAGUGUUACGUGGUAACAUAGGCCUUAACAACUUUUCCUCUAAUAAUAGUCCCUCCCUAGACCAAAACCAAAAACUUGUUGAAGAAACGAAUCGGGUCAUUGCUGAGAUCCGAUAUGACGAUAAUGAUAACGAUGAUGAUGAUAAUUUUGAAUAUCCUCAAAAUUCUAGCUAUAGUUUAGGUCCGAAAAUCGACAAUUGGGAUUCUACAAGAAAAACUUGGUUGCAUGGAAAUCCAAGAUUUCCAAGCUAUAUAAAUGGAAAGCCUCGCGUUUUGCUGGUAACGGGUUCACCUCCAAGUCCUUGUGACAACUCAAUUGGGGAUCAUUAUUUGUUAAAGUCAAUAAAGAACAAGAUUGAUUAUUGUAGAAUUCACAAUAUUGAAAUUGUGUACAACAUGGCACAUUUCGACAAACAAUUAUCAGGUUAUUGGUCAAAAUUGCCAUUAAUUAGAAAAUUAAUGAUUUCUCAUCCAGAAAUUGAGUGGAUAUGGUGGAUGGAUAGUGAUGCAAUGUUCACAGAUAUGGUAUUUGAAAUUCCAUUAUCUAAAUAUAAUGGAAAAAAUUUGAUCAUUCAUGGAUAUCGUGAAUUAUUAAAUGAAAAAUCGUGGGUUGCUUUGAACACAGGAAGUUUUCUUCUAAGAAAUUGUCAAUGGUCUUUAGAUUUGCUUGAUUCUUGGGCACCAAUGGGACCAAAAGGUAAAAUUCGCGACGAUGCUGGUAAAAUUUUGUCAGAAAAUUUAAAAGGUAGGCCUAACUUUGAAGCAGACGAUCAAUCAGCAUUGAUAUACAUGUUAAUAUUGAGGAAUAAUAAGUGGAUGGACAAGGUGUUUGUUGAAAAUUCGUAUUAUUUACAUGGUUAUUGGGCUGGUUUAGUGGAGCGAUACGAAGAAAUGAUUCAAAAAUACCAUCCUGGUUUCGGAGAUGAGAGAUGGCCAUUUGUGACACAUUUUGUUGGUUGUAAGCCUUGUGGAAGUUAUGGGGAUUAUCCAGUUGAAAAGUGUUUGAAAAGUAUGGAAAGAGCUUUUAAUUUUGCAGAUAAUCAAGUGCUUAAAUUGUAUGGAUUUAGGCAUAGAGGUUUGUCAAGUCCUAAUGUUAAAAGAAUAAGAAAUGAAACUUUUAGGCCUUUAGAGUUUGCUAGUGAUCACUUUGACAUUAGACAUUCUACAUUAUUUAGAGGCAGUCUAUGA